CCAAUUAAACAAUUAGAAGAUGCUUCACCUUGUCACAGAACAAGUCAAUACCUAAGAUGAGAAGACAUUUUCAUCUUCCUUUCUCUUGAAUGUGAAAGAAACACCAAAGAUAAAAUCAAACAAUCUUCUACGUUGUCAAAAACCUAAAAUUUCUAUGAACAUUUCAGUUCUCACAUGCCCUUGCAAAUUCUCUUGAUCUUAGUUCCUUGUACCCCAAGAAACAAUACCAUUUUUCUUUAAUGGCCAAGAGAAAACAUAGAAAGCUCUUCCCAAUAUUAGCAUCAGAGACAAACAAAACAUUUGAUUGCUCAAUAGGAAUCUGUGACCCGGUUUGCCCUUAUAACUGCUAUCAAGAACCUGAUUACUACACCAUAUCUCCACAGCUACCUCCAUGGUCAUCUCCACAGACGAUCAGACCACAAUCUCCAUCAAUCUCAGCCGUGUAUCAAGCAUCUCAAGACUCUUCAUCAUCCUUAGGCGCCAUAACCAUCAUCGCCGUCACCGGUGCGGUCUUAGCCAUCCUUCUCACAGGAUUCUUUCUUGUAGCCAAAUACGUUACAAAGAGCGUUAACAGAGUCAACCUCGAAAGUUAUCAGUCCCAGAGAGACGGCCACGACGGUGCAAUAGAUGAAGAGUUUCAAGACACGGAGCAAGUAGAUCAUCCGAUCUGGUUGAUCAGGACAACAGGUCUGCAACAAUCGAUCAUAAACUCGAUCACGAUCUGUAGUUACAAGAGAGGAGAUGGGUUGAUAGAGAGAACAGAUUGUCCUGUCUGUUUAAACGAGUUUGAAGAAGACGAGAGUCUUAGGUUGUUGCCAAAAUGCAACCAUGCGUUUCACAUCUCUUGUAUUGACACGUGGCUUAGGUCUCAUACAAACUGUCCUUUGUGUCGAGCUGGUAUAGCUAUCAGUACUCCACGGUGUUCUGGUCCUGUUGAUGUACCUCCCGGAGGAUCAGGAUCUCGUGUGGUUGAUGAUGAUCGUGGAGAGGUCGAGAAUGAUGAAUCUGGUUCUAAAGAGACGUUGAGUUCAAGUAACACAGAUCAGAGUUCAGAUGUAAGGAUUGAAAUUGGAGCUGUAAACGAGGUUAACGACGGUGGUGGGUUCGAAACAGAGGCGGAUGAGCAAGUUAGGGUUUUGGGGGAGUGUAUGGAUUUAAACGUGGGAGACGAAGCAAGCUGCUCCGAAGAAAACAAUGGCCUCAAUGUGGAGCCAAACGGAGAAGAAACAGAAGAUACAGAGAAGAGUCAGGCAGGCAUGUCGAUGAAGACAGCAGGAAGCUCAUGCUUCAGUACAAACAAGAGUUCGGUUUUUCCAGUGUAGGAAAGUCUAUAAUACCAAACCAUUUUUCGAAUACAUGAAGAAGAGAACAUAAGCAAGAAUGCACAAGUGUAUAUGUAAAUCCAUAUAAAAAAGGCAAAUAAACACUCAUUUUCGUUUUC